ACUGGCGCCCUGAUAGAAAGUGGAUGUAUGCUCUAUUCUAGAGCAUUGUCUGUAAACGCUCAGCCAGACGAAACAAGCGACAGACACAGAAGAAAUCACAAUUAUUUGAUGUUUUUUCCAGCUGUUUGUAUAAAUGGGGAACUAAAACAAAGCGCACAUGUGGCCGGUGGCUCCGCCUCAGCCAUGUGACAGUGUGCGGGGCUGGCUGAGUCAGCCGGCCCGUCAUGCAGCGUCAGUCUGGAGUCGCACAAUUAUGAAAAAGCAACCUUCCGUUGGAGCUGCAGCCGAAGCGGAUCUCUCCAACCUCCACCGGGCUUUCCUUCCAAGGCUAACCGAGAGAGCCGCUGAUAGAUGGAUAAAAGCCACGACGCAGCUCUUCCUGAGUCUCAACGGUGAAGAGAAUGUCCCAGAAACCCUGGAUAGAAAGCUCUUUCACCAAGAGGGAAUGUGUGUACAUACUUCCAGUGUCAAAAGACCCCCACAGAUGCCUUCCAGGAUGCCAGAUUUGCCAACAGCUAGUCCGGUGCUGCUGUGGGCGGCUGGUGCGGCAGCAUGUUGGCUUCACAGCCAGCUUGGCCACCAAAUACUCGGACGUGAAGCUGGGGGAAAACCCCAACCUGUCCAUGCCCGAGCUGGAGGAGUGGUCGGUGGAAAAACACACAGAGGCGAGCCCCACUGAUGCCUAUGGUGUCAUCAACUUCCAGGGAGGGUCUCACUCGUACAGAGCCAAGUAUGUGCGUUUGUCCCACGACUCGCGGCCAGAGAGCAUCCUGCGGCUGAUGCUGAAGGAGUGGCAUAUGGAGCUGCCCAAGAUCCUCAUCUCUGUCCACGGAGGAAUUCAGAACUUUGACCUGCACCCACGCAUCAAGCAGGUGGUGGGCAAGGGCCUCAUCAAAGCUGCAGUCACCACCGGGGCCUGGAUUCUCACUGGAGGGGUCAACACAGGUGUGGCGAAACAUGUGGGAGACGCUCUCAAAGAGCACUGUUCGAAAUCAUCAAAGAAGAUUUGCACUAUUGGGAUUGCUCCUUGGGGAGUUAUUGAAAACAGGAAUGAUCUCAUCGGCAGAGACAUUAUCGCUCCAUAUCAGACGCUACUGAACCCACUCAGCAAAUUAAACGUUCUCAACAAUCUCCAUUCUCAUUUCCUCCUGGUGGAUGAUGGGACGGUGGGCAAGUAUGGUGCUGAGGUCAAACUGCGCCGGGACUUGGAGAAGCACAUCAACCUCCAAAGAAUACAUGCACGUAUCGGUCAGGGUGUUCCUGUUGUGGCCCUGAUCUUUGAGGGGGGUCCCAAUGUGAUCCUGAACGUGCUGGAGUACCUUCAGGAGAGCCCUCCUGUCCCAGUGGUGGUGUGUGAGGGGACUGGCCGAGCUGCUGACAUACUGGCCUACGUUCACAAGCAGACUGAGGAGGGAGGUCGUCUUCCUGACGGAGUGGAGACUGACAUCAUUGCAACCAUCAAGAAAACCUUCAACUUCAGCCAGAGUGAUGCCAUCCAUCUCUUUCAGACUCUGAUGGAGUGCAUGAAGAGUAAAGAAUUGAUCACUGUGUUUCACAUCAGCUCCGAGGAUCACCAGGACAUUGAUGUAGCCAUUCUGAGGGCUUUACUCCAAGGCACAAACGCGUCUGCCUUCGAUCAGCUGGUCCUGACUCUGGCCUGGGACCGCGUAGACAUUGCCAAGAAUCAUGUGUUUGUGUACGGACAGCAGCUUCUGGUUAGCUCUUUGGAGCAAGCGAUGCUAGAUGCACUCGUAAUGGACAGAGUGGACUUUGUCAAGUUGCUCAUAGAAAAUGGUGUUAGCAUGCACCGUUUCCUGACAAUCAGUCGGCUGGAGGAGCUUUACAACAUGAAACAAUCUCCCAACAAUCCUACUCUCCUCCACCUGGUUAGAGAUGUUAAACAGAGUCAUCUGCCUCCAAACUAUAAGAUCACUUUGAUUGAUGUGGGUCUGGUUAUUGAGUACCUGAUGGGCGGGACUUACAGGUGCAACUACACUAGAAAACGCUUUCGAAUCAUUUACAACAAUCUCCAGGGCAACAGCAGGAGGUCGGGGCGCCACACAGCAGGUCCUGGCUCUCAUUUGAGGAAAAGUCACGAGUCAUUCAGCAUGCAGGCGGACAAGAAGGAGAAGACCAGGCACAACCACUUCAUCAAGACUGCACAGCCGUACAAACCCAAGCUGGAGUCCACCACUGAGCAGAACAAAAAGAGGAGCAAAGAAGAGAUUGUGGACAUAGACGACCCAGAGACACGUCGGUUUCCCUACCCUUUCAACGAGCUGCUGGUGUGGGCUGUGCUGAUGAAAAGGCAGAAAAUGUCGCUUUUCUUCUGGCAGCAUGGCGAGGAGAACAUGGCAAAAGCUCUGGUGGCUUGUAAGCUCUGCCGGUCUAUGGGCUAUGAGGCCAAGAAGAGUGACGUGGUGGACGACACCUCAGAGGAGCUCAAGGAGUACUCAAAUGAGUUUGGGACGUUGGCAGUGGACCUGCUGGAGCAGUCGUUCAGGCAGGACGAGACGAUGGCCAUGAAGCUGCUGACGUACGAGCUGAAGAACUGGAGCAACUCCACAUGUUUGAAGUUGGCUGUCUCCUCCCACCUACGGCCCUUUGUGGCUCACACCUGUACCCAGAUGCUGCUGUCAGACAUGUGGAUGGGACGGCUGAACAUGCGCAAGAACUCCUGGUACAAGGUCAUUCUGAGUAUCUUGGUGCCUCCUGCCAUCCUACUGUUGGAAUACAAAUCCAAGGCUGAGAUGGCUCACAUCCCUCAGAGCCAGGACGACCACCAGAUGACCAUGGAGGACAGCGAACACAACUUCCAGAACAUAGCUGAAGACAUCCAAAUGGAUGUGUUCAAGGAGACCAGAUCCCACGACCAUGUGGAGGCGAAGACUGACAUGGAGACACACAUUCGCUCCAGGAAGUUGCCCUUAACUAGGAAAAUAUAUGCCUUCUACCACGCUCCUAUUGUCAAGUUCUGGUCCAACACGCUCUUCUACCUGGGCUUCUUGAUGUUCUACUCGUACGUGGUCCUGGUGAAGAUGCCUGACUGGCCUUCUCCUCAAGAGUGGGUGGUCAUCCUCUACAUCUUCACCUCUGCCAUUGAGAAGAUUCGAGAGAUGUUUAUGUCUGAAGCAGGCAAAAUAAGUCAGAAGAUAAAGGUGUGGUUCAGUGACUAUUUCAAUGUGUCCGACUUUCUGGCCAUUAUGACCUUCUUCAUCGGCUUUGGCCUGAGGUUGGGUGGAGGGGAUGCCCUCAUCCCCGGGAGGACAGUUUAUUGUCUCAAUAUCAUCUUCUGGUACGUGCGACUCCUCGACAUCCUGGCUGUCAACCAGCAAGCUGGGCCGUAUGUUAUGAUGAUUGCUAAAAUGGUGGCCAACAUGUUUUAUAUUGUGGUAAUCAUGGCUAUAGUCCUCCUGAGUUAUGGUGUACCCAGGAAAGCUAUUCUGUACCCACACGAAGAGCCAAGCUGGACGCUGGCCAAAGAUGUGGUGUUCCAACCAUACUGGAUGAUGUACGGGGAAGUGUAUGCCUAUGAAAUCGAUGUGUGUGCCAAUAACAGUGAGGAAUCAGUAAAGAGCCUGUGUACAGCAGGAGUGUGGCUGACUCCUCUCCUACAAGCAGUCUACCUCUUUGUACAGUAUAUACUAAUGGUCAACCUCCUUAUCGCCUUCUUCAACAAUGUGUAUCUGCAAGUGAAGUCGAUUUCCAAUCUGGUGUGGAAGUACCAGCGCUACCAUUUUAUUAUGGCCUACCAUGAGAAGCCUGUUCUCCCGCCCCCCUUCAUCCUCCUGUGCCAUAUCUACUCUCUCUUCUGUAUGUGCAGAAAGAGAAAGAAGGAGAAUACCUACGGACCAAAGCUGUUUCUCACGGAGGAAGAUCAAAAAAAGCUUCAUGAUUUUGAGGAGCAGUGUGUGGAGACGUACUUUCAUGAAAAGGAUGAUCAGUUUCACUCGGGGAGUGAGGAGCGUAUACGUCUUACCUCAGAAAGGGUUGAGACCAUGUGUCUGCAGCUGAAAGAGGUUGGGAACAAGGUCAACUUUAUAAAACGCUCUUUGCACACACUGGACUCCCAGAUUGGACACCUCCAGGACCUCUCAGCUCUGACUGUGGACACUCUGAAGACUCUAACUGCCCAGAGGGCAUCAGAGGCCAGCAAGGUCCACAAUCAGAUCACCCGGGAGCUCAGCCUCUCUAAGAACGUGGUCCCCAGCAUCGCCCCUGUGGCAACAGACACUGGCCCCCAAUCCAAAUCGUCCGUGAUAGGCAAACGUAGUGUCGGUGCCUACUUCGGCUCCUCUUUUCCCCAGGCCGGGGUCAACAUAGCAGAUUCUCUUUUUGGGAUUGGCGUAGGGGGAGGGGCUGGGACUGAAAGUAGCCGGAGAGUCGGGCCCAGCCCUGGAGCAGGACUGGGGCUGGACCCCAACCUGAAUCCAGCAAUGAGCCCAGAAAGGAGGGGCUUGUUUGGGCUCGGGCACCUUGCUGCAGAGGAUGGCUCCUCAGGCAGUGCCGGCUCCAGUGCCUUUGUCCAAAGUGCUGCAGCCAUUUCCCCACCGGAGCUGCGUCUCCGAGGCCACUCUCUCACCCAGAGUAAGCUGACCCGUCCACAAGAGCCGGGCUAUUCCGACUCCCCAUCCAGCCUGCCCAAUGUGCCCUCCCCUGGGGCUCAGUUCCACAUCAGCAGCACCCCUUCCCAGCCCAGUGGCUCCAGCCACCCCGAACUCGCCCUAGCUGGACUUUACCAGCAGCCCCUCCAGCCAGACAGCACCACUGUAGAGUUUGGUGCGUUUGUUGGACAUAAAGACAGUUUGGACCUCCAGCACUCCACACCCAAAGAGACCUCCACCUCUAGCACACAGCACAGCCCGGCCACACAGACCAGACCGCAGGGUCAGCCUGAAGGUCACGGUCACAUCAGAGCAGUCAACUCCUACGCUGGCUUCACAGAGUUUGACAGGAACCCGGCUCUUCUCCAUCCUGACUCCACUCUGACGAAGAAGGACAAGAGCAGAGUGUCAGCUGAAGACAUCCUCAUUCAUGAGGACCCCAGAACUGCAGUACUGGAAAGAGUUCAGGUCAAAUCAGCCCAAGCCGGCAGCCUUCGAGCUCCUGGGGAAGAUAAACUAAACGCCGCAGUUGCUCUCUACACACCACGCCACACUCACCUCGGAGCCAGAAAGGACUCUAUUGGCUCACCUUUCAAGCCCAUAGAAAGCUACCAGUACUCAGCUGUCGAGCGCAACAACUUGAUGAGGCUGUCCCAGAGUAUCCCCUUCACCCCGGUGCCCCCUAGAGGUGAGCCGGUGACUGUGUACCGUCUGGAGGAGAGCUCCCCCAACACCAUCAACAACAGCAUGUCUUCCUGGGCCCAGCGGGGCCUCUGUGCAAAAAUCGAGUUUCUCAGCAAGGAGGAGAUGGGCGGAGGACUGAGACGGGCCCUCAAAGUGCUCUGCACUUGGUCCGAGUACGACAUCCUGAAACCAGGACACCUGUAUAUAGUCAAGUCCUUCCUUCCAGAGGUGGUCCAAACCUGGCAGAGCAUCUACAAGGAGGACACUGUGCUGCACCUUUGUCUCAGGGAAAUUCAACAACAGCGAGCCGCUCAAAAGCUGACAUUUGCUUUCAACCAAAUCAGACCGAAGACUAUUCCUUAUUCACCAAGGUUUCUGGAGGUAUUUCUGCUCUACUGUCACUCUGCUGGACAGUGGUUUGCCAUAGAGGAGUGCAUCACUGGGGAGUUCAGGAAGUUCAACAACAACAACGGAGACGAGAUUGUCCCCACCAACCUCCUGGAGGAAACCAUGCUGGCCUUCAGCCACUGGACCUUCGAGUACACCCGCGGAGAGCUGCUGGUGCUCGACCUGCAGGGAGUCGGAGAGAUUCUGACAGAUCCAUCAGUUAUAAAGAGUGGUGAGAAGGGGUCUUAUGAUAUGAUAUUCGGACCCGCCAACCUGGGAGAUGAUGCCAUUAGGAACUUUCGUGCAAAACAUCACUGCAACUCCUGCUGUCGCAAACUCAAACUUCCUGAUCUGAAGAGGAACGAAUACACGCCAGAUAAGGUGACAUUCCCGCAAGAUGAUCCUCCCAACCCGGGGGGCGGCGUCAAGGAGUCCCGCCAAUCAAUGAGGCUGAUGCUGUGAUCCCUUUAAAGCGAGAAGGCGAAUGAUCACGAGGCUACUCUGUUCUGAUCCAUUUAGUCAAAGCCAAGGAGCAGGAAGACGUAUCCAAUCAACUGGAAGAAUCACACCUGUGUUUCCAUGGAAACCAGUGCAUGCAGACUGUGUAUUGUUUUUGUUGGUCCCACCAAAAUGCUGUGUCGAACACAAUUCAACCAUCUUAACCUUUGUUUUUUAGUACAUAAAUGGGGGGGUAAAAAAGUUUUAAACAUAUUUUGUACAAGUUUAUGAAUUAUAUAUAUAUAUAUAUAUAUGAACUGGAUAUAUGGACAGGUACACUAUCAUUGCGGAGGGUUUAUUAUUUAUUAUGAAGUUUGAGACGUUGCCUUGUUUUAACAAAAAAAGAACAAAUCUAAGUGCAUUGUACAUCUGUUACAGCAGCUUCAGAGAGGAACGCCUGCUGAGAUUCAGUCACUGCAACGCUGCAGUUUGCCACCAGAUCAUUUUUUUAAAUGUAUAAAGACUCGUAUCACAACUUUUUGUCUCUUAGUUAAUUAAAAGAUAUACAUGAAUUUGAAAAUCUUGUAAAAUAUGGGCAGAUUGCAAUGCAACUUUUACAGAACAAUGUAUGUAAUUUUAUUGUAUUGAAAGUGUGUCCACCAAAAUAUUGCUGAUAGUUUUUAUUGUUACAAAGGUACUAUUGCUAUAUCUUUGUCAUCAACUGUUGUAUGAGCAAAUUACAAUCUAGUGUAUCUUAUAGAUACUGAUAUCUGGCAUGAGCUGAACAGAUUAAAAUAUUUUAUUCAGGGGAACUGACGAA